CAUAACAUUUCUAUUAGGAUGUGCAUGGGGGAUUUAUUUCGUUUUGUGAUUUACAUGACGAUUGAGCCUGAGGGAUAAGAUUACCUAUAAAAACGACGGUGCUAGUCUGGUGAACUUUCAGUUUACUUUCAGGGAACAUUUAAAUAAGCACGUCUCGCAUUUCAGCAGGAUUUUUCCGAAGUGAUCAUUUAAUCUAUUAAGUGAAAGUUAUGGCUAAAUCUUGCAUCAUUGUUCUUGCUCUCUGCCUUCUGCAGUUUGCCUGUGGAGGUGUUGUUCGUCGUGAUGCUCCUGCUGAAACCACAAAUAGUCCCAUCACGGAAUUCUCAGUUGUAGCUCAAGAAACACUGGAUACACUCCACAAGGGUUUCUUGGAGUUCUUCCAAGUCAAAUCCAAUGAUGAAUUAGCCGAUUUAGUUCGUGUUGAAGCCAGAAAAUAUGCCACCAAAUUGCAAGAUCUUGGUGCAGAUUUAACCAAAGAAGCUCAGAAGUAUUCUGGUGACUUUGAUGAUGCUUUGAACAGUGUGAAGGCUAAGAUCAGCGAGACAGUGAGUGAUAUUGAGAGCAAGAAUCCUGAAUUGGUGGCUGACUCCAAGAAAUACCGAGAAGCCUUUGAAACCAAUCUCAAAACAAUUAUUGCGGAAACCCAGAGUUUAAGUGAAAAACUUAAGAAAGAGGGUGGAGAAAUGACCAACAAUUUCCAGAAGGUGACCCAGGAUCUCUAUCAAACCAGCGUACAAACAGCCAGUGCCCUAUCUCAACAAGUUGAAAAUGCUGUAAAGGAACACAAGGCUAAAGUGUAGAUUGUAAAUCUUUAAACAUCUGCAAUGAUAUGGUUAAAAUCAUUUUAAUAAAGCUGUUUUUUGACAGAAAA